AUGAAAAAAGUUUUAAAGAAAGAACUUCAACCAAUUGAAGCAUCAGUGAGCUUCUGUUGCACAAAAAUUGAUGAUCUUUCCAAAAUUGUGGAAGCUCAAAACAAACAUAUCCAGAAAUUAGAAAAGAAGUACAACUACCUUCAUAACGAAAAAACCCAUCUUGAGCUUGAAAUGAGCUCACUGAAACAAUAUCUACGUAAUAUUGAACAACAGCGUUUAGACAAUGUGAUAAAAGUGAUAGGUAUUCCUAAAGCUAAAGACGAAAACCUUGUAAAUAUAUCUCUCAAACUAGCUGAGACACUCAACAUGGACAGGACGCAAGUAGUGAAUAUUACACGUGUAGAAGGUCGAAAUAACCAAGAUGGAAACAUCCAGGUGCAGUUCAAGCAUGCAGAAAAUGUAAGCUUAUGGGUGCGAGCCUCGAAAAAGGAAGCAGUAGUGGUAGAACAAAUCAUCUCCGAGGCCCCUGUGGAAGUUGCUAAGACGAAAGUGAUCAUACGACGCGCCCUGACCAAAGCCAAUAAGUCGUUAUUAUGGCUAGCACAACAAAAACUAAGACCGGCCUACAAAUACGUCUGGUUCUAA